CCUGAGUGAAGCAUUGCUCAAAUGCUCACUGCCCGGGCCCCUUGAGUGUGGUUUUCCUCCCCAGCCAGCACCAGACCCCAGAAUAGUGCGGCUGGCUUGCUGAUUGAGGUCAGCAGCUCCCAGGAGGCGCAAGAAGCGAGAGCCUUUGCAAAGGACGGCCUCUCUAGGACAAACAUGAGGAGCGCGGCCAAGGCCUGGAGUCCAGUCAUCAAAGCGGGCAGCCAUGGGGCGGACCGUGCGCGGCCCCUCCCUGCAGCCUCUUCCGGCAUGAAGAGUUCUAAGUCUUCCACCUCGCUGGCGUUUGAGUCCCGGCUCAGCAAGCUCAAGAGGGCCAGCAGUGAGGACAUGCUCAACAAACCAGGAAGUUCGGCCGCUUCUGGGGUAGUUCGACUGAAAAAGACUUCGACAGCUGGAGCCAUCUCUGAACUUGCUGAGAGCCGCCUGAGGAGCAACCCAGGGGCUGUGACAACAGCCAAACGGACAGGCAUCCCGGCUCCUCGAGAACUUUCGGUAACCGUCUCCAGAGAGAGAACCGUGCCACGCGGUCCCUCCAACCCCAGGAAGUCGGUGUCCAGCCCCACGUCUUCCAGCACACCCACCCCUACGAAGCACCUGCGGACCACCUCCGCAAGACCCAAGCCAGAGAAUGAAGGCGGGGAAAAGGCCGUGCUCGAGUCCCAGGUUCGGGAACUCCUGGCAGAAGCCAAAGCGAAAGACAGUGAAAUUAACAGGCUUCGAAGCGAGCUGAAGAAAUGUAAGGAGAAAAGGACUCCGAGCACUGAAGGAACCGAGCCUUCCGACGCAAAUGCCGAUGGAACGCCCGUCUCCCCAGGUGACUCGGAACCCUUGCUAAGAGCUCUUGAGGAGAAGAACAAGAAUUUUCAGAAGGAGCUUGCAGAUCUGGAGGAGGAAAACCGGGCCUUAAGGGAGAAACUGACUCAUCUGGAGCAUUCCCCAAAUUCGGAGGGGGGUGCUAGUCACACGGGGGAGAGCAGCUGCCCAACGUCCGUAACUCAGGAGUCCAGCUUCGGAAGCCCACCCGGAAAUCAGCUGUCGGGCGAGCUCGAUGCGUAUCGGCACCCCAUACACGAAAACGCGUUAAGGACAUCAGGCUCUUCAAGCAGCGACGUCACCAAAGCUUCUUUGUCCCCGGAUGCCUCGGAUUUCGAGCACAUCACAGCCGACACGCCCUCCAGGCCCCUGUCCUCCAGCAGCAACCCCUUUAAGAGCUCCAAGUGCUCCACGACAGGCAGCUCCCCCAACAACGUGAGCGAGCUGUCCCUGGCCUCCCUCGCGGAGAAGAUACAGAAGAUGGAGGAAAACCAGCACAGCACGGCCGAGGAGCUGCAGGCUACUCUGCAGGAGUUGUCGGACCAGCAGCAGAUGGUUCAGGAGCUGACGGCCGAAAACGAGAAACUGCUGGACGAGAAGACGAUCCUGGAGAGUUCUUUCCACCAGCACCGAGAGAGGGCCGCGCAGCUAAGUCAGGAGAACGAGAAGCUGAUAAACCUCCUGCAGGAGCGCGCAAAGAGCGAGGAGCCCGCCGCCGUCCAAGAAGGCAAAAUCCUGGAGCUGGAGCAGAAGUGCGCAGAAAUUCUUGACCAGGGCCGCUUUGAAAGAGAGAAGCUGCUUAACAUCCAGCAGCAGCUGACCUGUAGCCUCCGGAAGGUGGAGGAGGAGAACCAAGGAGCUUUGGAAGCGAUUAAACACCUCAAGGAAGAAAACGAAAAGCUGACCGGGGUUCUGGAACGGGAGCGGUGUAAUAACGGUGUGAUGGCCAAAACUCUGGAGGAGUGCAAGGCGACCUUGGAAGGGCUGCAGAUUGAAAAUGGGUCUUUGAAGGCGCAUUUGGAGAGUGAGCAGCAGAAAGCCACGGAGACCGGUCCCGUGGGGCAGACGGCAGAGGCGCGUGAAGUUCAAGAGAUGUUGAGAGUCGCUCGAGCUGAGAAGGAUCAGCUGGAACUGUCUUGCACCGAGCUCAGGCAAGAAUUGCUAAAGGCCCAUGGUGAAAUUAAACAUGUUUCAAGCCUACUGGCCAAGGUGGAAAAGGAUUAUUCUUACUUGAAGGAGAUAUGUGAUCGUCAGGCAGAACAGCUGAGCAGAACCAGCCUCAAGCUGCAGGAGAAAGCGUCAGAGAGCGAUGCAGAGAUUAAAGACAUGAAGGAAACCAUAUUUGAACUGGAAGAUCAGGUGGAACAGCAUCGGGCUGUCAAGUUACAUAACAACCAGCUCAUCAGUGAGCUAGAAAGCAAUGUGAUGAAGCUGGAGGAACAGAAGUCAGACCUGGAAAGGCAGCUGAAGACGCUCACUAAGCAGAUAAAGGAGGAGACCGAGGAGUGGAGGCGGUUCCAGGCGGACCUGCAGACCGCGGUGGUGGUGGCCAACGACAUCAAGUGUGAGACACAGCAGGAGCUACGCGCCGUGAAGCGGAGGUUGCUGGAGGAAGAGGAGAAGAACGCGAGGCUGCAGAAGGAGCUGGGGGACAUGCAGGGCCACGGCAGAGCUGUGAAUGAAGAGUCAGAACCCCCCGAGGUCGAUGCUCCCAGCCGGUGGCAUGGCGUCUAUGUGAACAGAACAUCUCCGACGCCUUCGGAAUCUGCGACCACCGUUAAGUCCCUCAUCAAGUCAUUUGACUUGGGACGUCCAGGUGGAACCGGACAGAAUAUUUCUGUCCAUAAAACCCCCAGAAGCCCCCUGAGUGGGAUCCCCGUGAGGACCACUCCAGCUGCUGCUGUUUCUCCAAUGCAGAGACACUCCACUUACAGUAGCGUUCGGCCAGCCAGCAAAGGUGUGACUCAGCAUUUGGAUCUUCCAGAACUUCCACUCUCAGAUCUUCUAAAGGGAAGGGGUGAGGACCUGAAACCGGACCCUUACCUCCGCAAGAGCCCCUCGCUCGAGUCUCUGAGCAGACCCCCUUCUCUGGGCUUCGGGAACACGAGGCUGCUGAGCGCUUCCACGGGGGGCUUGAAACCACACAGCAAACUCAGUGUGGAGAGAAGAGACCCCCUGGCUGCCUUGGCCCGGGAAUAUGGCGGCUCCAAGCGCAACGCUCUCCUGAAAUGGUGUCAGAAGAAGACGGAAGGCUAUGCGAACAUCGAUAUCACCAAUUUCAGCAGCAGCUGGAGUGAUGGCUUGGCCUUCUGUGCUCUCCUCCAUACCUACCUGCCUGCCCACAUCCCGUAUCAGGAGCUGAACAGUCAGGAGAAAAAAAGAAAUCUCUUGUUGGCAUUUGAAGCAGCUGAAAGUGUGGGCAUCAAACCCAGCCUGGAGCUCAGUGAGAUGCUGUACACGGACCGGCCCGACUGGCAAAGCGUGAUGCAGUACGUGGCCCAGAUCUACAAGUACUUUGAGACGUAAACCCGGAAGGGCCCUCGAGCAGCCGCCCACGGCCCGCAGCCUGUCCUGGGGGCACCUGGUCACUUUGCACAGGCCCUGCUCCGUCCACCACCCUCAACGCUCGAUCCGGGGGGGCCCACACACAAAUAAGAACGGAGCUGGGUUCCAGGGCACACCUACUUUUAAUCUAGAUGCAUUUGGCGCGUAAGUUGGAAAGUCUUGCUCUCCCACGGGCCUCCCUCCUUCUAGACCUAAGGGUCCACGCCCAGGCUCACUCCAUGAGAACCCAGUAGGACAUCUCCGGUCACACGCCACGACCUCACCCGUGGGCUGCGGAGCCUCACGACAAACAGCCAUCUUUUCACUAAAACUCCUUCCUUUGGCCUUUAAAAAAACUUUGCCCCUGCCACCACCCACGGCCUCCGAAACCCACACGCUCAUCAAAACACAAAAAGGACAAACACUCGGCUCUGGAGCAGCUUGGAAAAACGCUCCAGCCCUGCCUUUUGGGGGCCGUAACGCUUCCGUUCCAGACAACAGUUUGAACACCUAGAACCGGACUGAGCAGUUUACAUCUCGCUGUCACUUACUGGAGUCUUUGGGGGGAAGACAAGACGCGCCAGCACACAAAGCAGCCCGUGGGCGCUUUGCUGCGGUGGCCCAUGGGGUGGCUCGCGGAGAGAAGCGUGUGUCCGUCCGUGUGCUGGGACGCGGUCACGCUCCGAAGCCCCGGGCCAGGCAGUCCCCCGCGUGCUGGAAGGGACCCAUCAGCACCUGCCCGCCUGCUGUGUCUGCCCCGCGAGUCCACACGCCCGUGCACCCCCGCACACGUUUGCCCCAGGUGCCGAACCUAACAGGAAGCCCCCUGCGUGCGAAGCGGCCUGCGCCCACCCGGGUCUUCGUGUGUUUGCGCCAACAGGCUGAAGAGGUGCCGGGCGGACGGCAGGCGAAAACAGUAUUUGAACUCUAGACUCGGUCUUCGGUAUCUCCUCGGGCCCUUCACAUCUGCAUGGCAACAGCAAGCCCUGAGCAGUGGGCAGGGAUGGCUCCAUUUAGAAGUGAACCGUCUACCGUCCUGCCGUCACCCCUAGUGGCUGCAGAGGGCACUCCCCCCUCCCCACCCCCCCCCCCCCCAGAUCUUGCAGGGAGACCCGCUGAGGACCGACCUGGCAGCUCCCUGGAGGUCGGUGGGGCCCGCAAAUGUGCAUCAUGUAGCACCUGAAGGCGUGGCUCACAGGGUAGUCAGGUGACCUCGGUGCCUGCCACCUGCUGAUGCAAGUGUUUCCUCCCCACCGUCCCCAAGGGCCGUCCCUGUGUCAGUCCCUGGGACCUCCCAGUGUCACUCUGCAGUAAAUCUCUGCAGGGGGUCCGCCCCUCACUCUCAGGCUGCCACACCUGCCUGCUUACCCGUCUUCCUCUGUGGCCCUAGAUCAGGAUCUCCUGCGGAACGUGUUCAAAACGCACCCUCCUGGCCUGCCCCAGCCGUCGAACCAGGGAUGUCUUCUGUAUGUUUCCAGAGUUCCCCUGACAGCCACGGAGAGGAGAGAAGGCCUUUCCUCUUGCUCCUCAGGGCAGGGCGGUGAGUGGCAUCUGAGGUCUCUCCGGAGCAGUUUGGGGAGGAUGACGUUGUCAGUGGCUCUUUUGUUUUCAAAUGGAAGUGGAGGCACAGCCUGAGCAAAUUUGCUUUACUCCUUCCUGAGGAGCGUAUCCAAAUGGAAGGGAUUCCCUGUGUGGCUCCACGCAUCUGUCUUUUGUUGACAUAACAGGCAUUUCCAUGACCUCCAAGCCUCUGCCUUGCUCACCCUUGCAGUGGGGAAAGGUUAGUGUCCCGAGUAUCGGGGUGAGCUCUCGGUUGUCGUGUUUGAUCUGGGAUUACUUCGGGGUUUUGUGUGGGAGAGGCCAAAGAGGUCUAGGGAUACCUGGAGGUGGUGUUUAGCAUUACUGGGCCCUGUUUUUAGUGAUUACAGUAAAUGAGUCCGAUGAUUCAGCUCUGGGCGAAGCAAGGUCUAUGCAGGGGUGACGUUGCCGUUUCUUCUCCAACACUGGAACCUGCUCCCUUUAGCAGAAAAAGAAAGAAAGAAAUGUCCUAUGAAAGAAAGGCCACGUGCCAUUUAUUUUUAUAACUCAAAGAAGCUCCUUGACUACCAUUUUCUUUGCCAGUGGGCACGCUUCCAGAAGGGGAAGCCUGGUGGUGGCUGGGGGGCAGGUCUGGCCCCACAGGGUCCUUCGAGGGGGACCGGGCCUUCCAGCACUCGCAGAGCCUCAGACCGGGGCAAGCUGUCCCCGCCCCAGUGCUGGGCCACCGGAUGGGGAUUUUAGACCCAUUUUUAAUUGCCCCAGUAGAGUGGAGGAGUUCUUCAAAGACUUAAAGCCGAGUCCACGGGUUCGUUCACUGGGAGAUCUUUCGUGGACGUGAACUAGCUGCCUGAUGGUGGUGCCCCCGCCCCUGCUCCCCGGGGCGAGCAUAUUCUGAGGAACCAGGCGAACGCCCACUUCCCUUCCCACCCUAGUCCCUUCUCACUUCAGAAAUGACGUUAGUCUUGGGUUUUCGUUCUUCAUUCAGCCGUUGUGUUGUAGCUUUGGUUGAGAGUUUCCCGAAGCGGUGAGCCGUGGGGCGGUGACGAACGUUCAUCUGCGGUGUUCUCUUCCCCCGCGGAAACCGAUGUUCCCUGAAUCUCUCGGGGGAGGGCAGGCACUUCACCGGCCCGCGGAAGCCCGUGGAAGCCCGCGGAAGGAGAGGACUCGGCCCCCGUACACAAACCCAUAUGCCAAAUCCAGCCGCGGCUCCUCCUGGCCCAAAGCUCGAGUGCCAUUUUGAGGUGAACCACCAGUGACACGCAGUAAAGAACAGGACACAGCUACCUUUUUAAGAAGUACUUUUAAGUAUCCCGUUUGCCCGAGUGCCCUGGGUGUGUCACUCCUCCGACCCAGGCUAGACUGCGGCUAAGUCUACGCCAUCCUCGGCCGAUCACUAAUUUUAACUACAUUAGUUGAAUACAGUGGAUACAUCUGUGGCCUCGUUUCUAGAAAGAGCACACCCAGCACUGUCGGGACGUGACGUGCCAACGUAGACGUAUUAACUAUUAACAUUUGGAAGUGUAUGAUGUACGACUGUGUCACAUUUCUAAUAAAUAUAUUUUGUUUCUG